ACCUAUUGUUCACGCAAGAAUAAUACCUUUGCUCAAAGAGUCAAAUACGUAUAAUAACAGAAAGGGGUUGCUUACAGAAGCAGUUUAAAAUGAAGUGCAUAAUAGACCUCCUUUGCUGGCUGCUACUUGUUAUUUGUUUACUUCAGACUGUCGCUCUACCAUUGGACAAUGAUAUCGGGAAUUCUGCCCUCGAUGAAUCUUCUGUCUGCAUGAAACCAACAUGCGUCAAAGCAGCUGCCGAUAUCUUAGCCAAUUUGGAUCAGACAAAGGACCCUUGCGAUGAUUUCUACCAAUUCGCAUGUGGUGGUUGGAUAGGUAGCCAUACUAUUCCUGAAGAUAAGCCAUUUGUCAGCAUCAUUAUGGAUGUUUAUGAUGGCCUCAACAAUAAACUUCGAAUUCUCUUAGAAAAGGAGCUGACAGGAACUGAACCAGAAUUCAUUCGCUUGCCGAAAGAUAUGUAUGCUUCUUGCAUGAAUGUCGAACGCAUAAAUAAUGCAAGUAGCAAACCUCUGAAGAAUGCCCUAAGAGAUCUCGGUGGUUGGCCAGUUUUAGAAGGAGAAAACUGGAAUUCUGCUUCCUUCGAUUGGCUUGAUACUCUUAUUAACUUACGCAGGAAAGGAUUCAGCCACAAGACCCUUAUGAGUUUGGAUGUUGCUGAGGAUAUGCGGAAUAACACGGUUCAUAUCAUUGGGUUGGAUCAGCCAUCAUUAGGAAUGCCAGAUCGUAAGAAUUUCCUCGCGGGAUUAAAUGAUUCCUUAACAGCUGCUUACUUUCAACUGAUGGUAAAAGCAGCUAAGCAGUUGGGUGCAGAUGAAAGUACCUCAGAAAACGAGCUCCGGGAAGUGCUCAAUUUCGAAACAAUGCUUGCCAAUUUCUCUUUACCGCUAGAGGAAAGACGUAACUUUACAAGUCUAUACAACAAGUACACUGUUAAGGAGCUUAACGAAAAGUUUCCACAGAUUAAUUGGCUGAAGUAUUUUAACGGUUUGUUAAAAGAUCAAAUUUUUGAAAAUGAAACAUUGGUGGUUGCUGUUCCUAAUUUCAUCAGGAAAUUCGCCGAUUUGAUAACGCAAACAGACAAAAGAGUAGUUGCCAAUUACAUGCUGUGGAGGGUUGUUAAAGAAUCAUUGCCCAAUCUAGCCGAAGACUCGAGAGCUUUGAUGCAUGAUUACGAAUCAGUGAUGUCAGGGCAAAGUAAACAAAAGCCUCGUUGGGAGCAAUGCCUCUGGUCAGUUUCUGGCAGUCUGGGAGUUGCUCUCAGCUCAUACUACGUACGAGAACAUUUCAAAGAAGAAAGCAAACAAGCAGCAGUAAAUAUGGUUCAAUAUAUCCAAGAUGAAAUCUUAGAUAUUCUAAAAAAUAUAGAUUGGAUGGACAGCGAAACUAAAAAACACGCCAAGGAGAAGGCUGAGGCCAUAGUUCCGCAUAUCGGAUAUCCGACAGAGCUUCUAAAUGAUUCAUAUGUCGCUGACCUGUACAAAGAUUUAAGGCUAACGAACGAAAGUUAUUUCGAAAAUGCAAGAAAACUAAGGAUUUGGUCAACUGAUGAGAUGUUCUCUCGACUACGAGAACCCUUCAUUAAAGGGCUGUGGAAGAAUUAUGCGGAAGUAGCUGUUGUAAAUGCCUAUUAUGCACCUACGGAAAAUACCAUCAAUUUUCCUGCUGGGAUUUUGCAGCAUCCUUUAUUCAACAGUGAUCAACCACAGUAUUUGAACUUUGCUGCAAUAGGCCUGGUGAUUGGUCAUGAAAUUACACAUGGAUUUGACGACCAAGGUCGGCAGUUUGAUAAAGAUGGUAACAAUGUCAACUGGUGGGACGAUGAAACAGACAGACGUUUCAAAGAGAAAGCUCAGUGUAUUAUAGAACAAUAUGGUAACUACACUGUUGCAGAUGGAAUUCCAGUAAACGGGAUCAACACUCAAGGAGAAAAUAUAGCAGAUCUUGGAGGUAUAAAAGCAGCUUACUUGGCCUAUCAAACAUGGACUAAAGAUAAUGGAAUAGAACCAGCAUUGCCAGGAUUGAAUUAUACACAGAAUCAGCUGUUUUUUAUAAGUGCAGCAAAUGUAUGGUGCGGUAAAUACAGACCGGAAGAUUUGAAGACAAGCGUUAUGUAUGGAUACCACAGCCCAGAUAUGCUUAGAGUGAUAGGUCCCAUGUCUAAUCUGCAAGCAUUUUCGGAUGCCUUCCAAUGUCCCGAAGAUUCUAAAAUGGUUCGACAAAACAGGUGUCAAGUCUGGUAGGAAACCCAUCUCAAUCAAUUCAAUAGGUCGAUGAAUUUCUAACAGUAUAUUGUAAUUCUUUUUACUAAUAAUAUUGAUAAAACAUUGCACAGAUGCAGAUAUUCCAUUUAAAAUUUUGUACUGCUUUUUAAUUGUAAAAAUAAAUCUUUCUUCCAAAUAAAAUGCUAAAAAAUUUCA